AUGAAAGAGAUGGAGGAUAUCGAUAGGUGUUUAAGUAUGUUGGAGCUCAGUGCCAAACGGUGGAAUAUCUCCGGUCGCUUAGUGGAUAUUUUACAAGUCAUUGUUGGAGAUGCCCCACCUUCAACCGAAACCCAUUUCAAAGGCAGAAACAUAGCCUCGGAUUUCUCCUUGGGUGGUGCACCUUCGUUUAUGGCCUCCGAUUCCAAUGUGAACAAUUUCUUUGCGAAUACAGCGUGGCAAACCGGAUCGACGGCAACGCAUUCACCAGUGUCCACCUACGUCAAUACGUUAAACCAGGCAGGAGCCGGCUGCUCACGUCUUCUGCGUGAAGGGACCCGAGCAUCAGGCAUGCAGGAGUCAAUCACAUUGACAGAUGGAGCCACAUUGAAACCUGACGCAAUAAAUAUGUGGUCGAACGUGCCUAUGGGAUUCAGCUGGAACGAUUGGGGAGCAUAUAUAUCCAGCAUGGAGACGUAG